UGUUUCACUUUCAAACAUAAUACUGAUACAGCCAUGGCUGCAAGAGGACUUCUCACCAUUCUCUUGGCCCUCCUCGUUUCAGGUACACACCAAGCCACAUUCACAUUCAAAAACAAUUGUAGAUACACAGUCUGGCCAGGGACAUUAACAGGAGCUGGUUCAACUCAGCUAUCAUCAACAGGGUUCAAGCUUGACUCCGGAGAGUCAUCAUCACUAGUUGCACAACCCCCAUGGUCAGGUCGCUUUUGGGGUCGAACACUUUGCUCCACAACUACUACCAAUUCCUUCAAGUGUGCAACUGGAGACUGUGCUUCAGGUGACAUUGCUUGCAAAGGUGCAGGUGCAAUUCCACCAGCCGCCUUAAUAGAGUUUACUCUAGCAAUCAAUGGCAGCAACGAUUUCUACGAUAUUAGCCUCGUCGACGGCUUUAACUUGCCGAUGUCGGUGACGCCGCAGGGCGGAAAUAGCAGUUGCCAAUCCACUAGUUGUCCAGCCGAUGUGAAUCUUAUGUGCCCACCAGAGUUGGAUGUUAAGGGACCAAAUGGGGAAAUAGUGGCAUGUAAGAGUGCUUGUGAGGCAUUUGCUGACCCUAAGUAUUGUUGCACUGGCUCUUAUGGAUCUCCAUCAACUUGCAAACCAACUACUUAUUCGAUGAUCUUCAAGAAACUGUGUCCUCAAGCUUACAGUUAUGCUUAUGAUGAUAAGACAAGCACAUUUACAUGUAAUGGUGCCAAUAACUACCUUAUUACUUUCUGUCCAUGAUGUAAAACCCUAGAAUGAAAAAU